GAUCCGAGCUAGAAAGUAAAUAAUGUGGGGGCUGUGAGGAAUACAGUGCUGGUGUAUGGCGCAUAAUUCUGAAUUAUCGAAGUUAUUUUUGUUUUAAAGGCGUGUUUUACAUACUUAUUGAGCAUUCACAAUCGUCUUAAACAAUGUUGCGCCUUUUGCAAAGAAGUAGGUGUGGCCAGAGACCCUGCACAGUUCUGAAUUGCAUGCUUUGUGCUUUACCUAAAUUCAGUGACAGACCAUUUGCAGAGAACCCAUUAUCAAUUUUCAAGAAAAUGUUAUUUACGUUUUCAAACAGUGGAAAAUCCGGGAUGGAAUAAUGACAAUAUUAUGAAAAGGAUAGACUGUGAGGUCACAAGAUCAUCUCACCUUAAUGACUGUUUGCAGAAGUUCUCAUUGGCACAGAAUCUGAGAGGAAGAGCCCGGAAUUACAGCAUAUAUGAACCGGAUUACUUAGAUGCCUUAAAACCAAAAAUUCCAGUUUAUGAUGCUAUCAACAUUCAGAUAAAAGGCUAUGAUUAUCCUGUUUUGGAACACUAUCAAAAAUUUAUUCACAAUCUCUCAGAAAAUAUGAACAUAGAAGUAGAAGAUGGGUGGGCUUUGCCAGCUCAGACACAAACAGUGCAGCGAUUCAAACCCCAGAGCACUGUUGUUGAUUCAGAAUAUAAACUAUCCAUUUACGAGAGAAAUGUGCAGAUAGUCGAUGUACCUUCUACUACACUGGCAGUUCUUCUUAAUAUCCUGAGAGCUACAUUACCAGAGGGAGUCAAUCUCAGUGUUCACGAGCAUUCGCCAGAACACGAAGAAAUUCGUUAUGUACCAGAUCAAGAAUUACUUGAGUUGAAAAGCCAAUUAGAAGCUCUUGGGGGACCAAGAAAGAAAUAAUAACAGAAUGAGGUAUUCACUUUUAAUAUAUGUACAAAAUUUAUAAAGUUGUAAAAAAUAUAAGUUUUUUGUAAAAAAAAUACAUUUUUAAAAAAUUA